GGGGGCAGCAGAGACCUACAGAUGCAUCUUGUAACCGGCUUUAUCAACAGGAAGAAGAACUGCAGGCAACGUCAGCAAACAAUAGCUGUCAGAAAUGGCUACAGGAGUGGAUCAAGCAGUUGGCAUGAGUCUUGUUGUCUUCAGCCUGCUGCUGUUUACAUACUACUCUGUCUGGGUCAUAGUUCUGCCUUUCGUGGACAGUGAUCAUAUACUGCACAAGUAUUUUCUUCCUCGGGAGUACUCAGUCAUUCUGCCUGGCAUUGCAGCAGUAAUACUGCUCCUUUGUAUAGGGGCUUUCACUGCAGUUGUCAUGUGGAAGAAUCGCAAGCCAAAGAAAGUGGACUAAGGAUGUUAGAGUGACUGCUGUGGAUUGAAAUAUGUGGAAAUAGCCUUGAUGCUAAACCCUCUCUGGUGGCCCUACAAACAACAUCAUACUUCCAUUCUCUAAUAAUGGCUCCUGAACAUCAGACGUUCACAAUUGCAAAGUUAUAUUUGUUAAAAAGAACGUUUCCUGAGAUUUACCUGAGAUUUUGGUUUCAUUUUAAGUUCAGUUAGAGUUGAUAAAUAGAAAUUAGCUACUGUGUUUCUAAGCCACUAUGUGUCGAAUUGGAAAACCUUCAACUUCAGUGCCCUCGAGUGGCAGUAUAAAAAAAGAUAAUGAGAAUGUAUGUGCUGAAAUCAAAACAUAGACUUCACCAAUUUUCAUCAGGAUUGUCUAAUUUUUCUACAAAAUAAAACUUAUGUCAUAAGAACUAAAUAAAUUGACACGUAGUGGCUUUAAAUUUGUCCAAAGGUUUUGAGAUUGCUCAGUGAAUUGCUGUUACCAUGACUGUUGUGUAGUGUUGAGAUCAGUCGCUGUGCUCUCUCCUCUUAUAGGCAGUAGACAGUGUUAAAAGGAAUUAAUUUAGCUGAAGGGUUUAUAGCAUGUCAAUGUCAUAUUUAACAGACCAACAUACUUCAAAUUACCCUCCACUCUAUAUGAAUUCAUUGGGAUCCAGUAAAUAAUCCCUCAGACCAACUACUGCAAAGGUUAAACUUCUGUCAGUAUCUUGAAUUUCACAGGCAUCUCAAUGGACUGAUGUCACUUUUAUGUGUUCAGAUACCUUGGCCCAAAUUUAAGAGGACCCUGAUUAUAAGACACACUAUAAACUGACUUGAGGAAACUUGCUAGCCUAGCAAUAUUAAGGCUACAAACAACCUAUAAUGCAUCACUCUCUGUAGGAGCUGGUGUUACACCAGCGCUCCCUCCAUUCUAAAAGAAUAUCUGAUGUGAAUAUGUAAAUGUCUUGUCCUAAAAAUAAUACGACCUACACUAUUUCAAACAUAAUUUACAGGGGGACAAAGUCUUACAUUUGUUUCAAUACAGUAAUUGGCAGUAAUAUGGCAGGAUGGAAGGACGUGAAUUCCAACUUUAUUGAAAGCAGCAUUAAAUUAUGUAAAUACUGUGACAAUGUGUACAUUUUUGUAGUGUGUGAAAGUGAUGUUAAUUGUAAAUUGUUUUGGAUGCAAACUAGCAUUUUGUCUGGUGCAAACCUACAGUAAGGCUGGAAAUGGGGCCAACAGUCCUUUUUCUCUGUUCAAUAAAAUGUUGAUGACAGGAAAA